AUGGGAAGAAAGAUUUUUGCCACCUGCUACGAGCUAGAAGCUACUGGGCGCCUGGCCGGAGAAGGCCAUGGCGAAGAGGAGGAUGACGAGGUAGAAGAGGAUGACGACGAGCUUCAUCUGGAACAUGGCGAAGAAGAGCUUGACCAUGAACACAAGCAGCAGCGCGUCGAAUAUGAUCGUUAUGGCCACCUCCAGGGGCUCCAUCACAGGUCACCGCUGCCACCGACCAGACCACCAGCAAAGGCGAGAUCAACGCUCUCUGGGACGAACCAAGAAAACAAGCACAAGAGAGAAAACAUUGGUAAAGGUGGAUCGGUGCGGUGA